AUGGAAAAGAGUGUUACAAACCCAUUUCUCCUCCAAGACCAAACUGUACACCCUGCUCAGAUUGAUCUUCCAGAAGAGCUGAGGAAGAAAGUUGUAAUUUUACAAUGUGAAUCUGAGGAAGGCAUCUGCAAGGUUUAUCUGGUUGGAACAAGACAUUGCUCUUCACAAUCUUGUGAGGAUGUUGAAGCAAUUAUUGGCUUCUUAAAACCAGAUGUUGUAUUUCUAGAGUUGUGUGAAACUAGGGCUUACUUCUGCUUGAAAUCUGGAGACCAUCAACUUACAGUGGUGCCCAGAUUUAUUGAUGCUAAGGUUGCGACGUGGAGGAGAAACAAUAGUAAUGCCUUUGCAACUCUUCUAAACUUGAUUAUGAAAAAAUAUCGAAAACAACUCGGAGUUGGUCCUGUUUGCGAGUUCCAAAGUGCAUACAGAGAAGCAAAGAAAUAUGGUGGUAAGGUCAUAUUGGGUGACAGACCUAUUGAGAUAACUGACCAAAGGACAUGGUCAAAGAUGACAUUCUGGUAUAAAACUAAGUUUGUUUUCAUUUUUGUAUUACUGUUAGCUGCUCUGUCCUUAGUAUCAGUACGUGAGGAUGCAAAUAAUGAAAAUACUGAAUCCAUAGAAUGGCAUUUCCCAAGUAUGGCAGAAACACUCCUUCAUGAGAGGGACUUGUAUAUGGCCUCUAGAUUGUUUGAAGUUGCAAAGGAAUGCAAAUCAGUUGUAGAAGUUGUGGGAAAGGGCCAUGUUGCUGGCAUUCAGAAAAAUUGGAAGAAACCUAUUAUAAUAGAAUCUUUAAUGGAAGUGGAGGCUGCAACAUCCCCAUCAGCUGUAAAGCUUUGGAUUUUAGUUGCUCUGGCUGCUCUUGGAAUUGCCCUUUUCUCUGUUAUAUGGUUGAAGUGA